ACACGAAGAAGAAAUUUUUGUGUAUCAUCACCAGUUGGUGGCAGUAAUGCACCUCAUGAUUGUUUGCCAAUCCUACAAAACGUCAAAGAAGAUUCCCGCUCCCAGCAGUCAGUUCGUUUCCCACCUCGCUGCAGCUGCAGCAGGAUGUCUGUGUUCAUGGAUCUGAAUGUGCUGUUUUCUGCAGACAGGAGCCGCAUGCAGAGCCUCGUAGAGACAGCCGCUCACUUGGGAUUCUCCACUGUCGCCAUCAACUAUGUAUUUGAACCCACAACCAAGAAGAAACAGGAAGUUCCAUCGCCAGUGCCGAUCAGUGAGCUUAUUGGUCAGCUGCCUGUGGUACAGGGUCGCUCUCGUCCAAUCAAAGUGCUGAAUAGACUAACAGUGGUGAUGUCAGAGGCCAGUCACUUUAGGCCAAAUGCUACAGAGUAUCGCGCCUUUGACCUCCUGGCCAUCCAGCCGACCACCGAGAAGCUCUUCCAUACCACCUGCAUGCUGUGUGACGUUGACAUCAUUUGCAUCUCGGUGACAGAGAAACUUCCCUUCUUCUUCAAGAGAGCGCCCAUAAACGGGGCCAUUGACAGAGGAGUGGUGUUUGAGGUGUCAUAUGCCUCAGCACUCAGGGACUCCACCAUGAGGCGCUACACCAUUGCCAACGCUGUUUGUUUGAUGGAAAGCUGCAAAGGAAAGAACGUCAUCGUCUCAAGUGCAGCUGAGAAGGCUUUGGAGCUUAGAGGACCUUAUGACAUCGUUAAUCUAGGGGCACUGUUUGGUCUGUCAGAUGCUGACUCUAAAGAAGCCGUGUCUUCCACCUGCAGAGCCGUUUUACUGCAUGCAGAAACCAGGAAGACUGCAAGUGGCAUUGUGUACACCCGGAUCAGUCAGCAGGAGGCCCUUCAGGACUGCGUCGGUAGUGAAGCUCCUGCUGCCAAACGACCCAAACCAACCUGACAGGGAUUGAGAAGGCAGAGCCUAUUCUCAUUUGUUUUACUGUUUGUACUUGUCUCUUUUUGAAGAUGUUUUGCCUCAUGAAAACUGAUUUAUAAUUUUGGAUCAAUAAAGUUUUGAAAAUCUUUAUUCAUUUUUAGCUAAUUGAGGAAUAACUUAGAUGUAUGUGUAUUUACAUACGUUUGUGUGUAUUUAUACGUGGGUGUGUGUGUGUAUAUGUAUAGUGUCAUUGUCAGAACUCACAGAAAGAGAGUUAAUAUCUGAUCCAGCUAGAGGCCACAGCAGAUUUUAUAGAGAAUCUUUUUAGCUGGAUUAUUUGAGAAGACACACCUGAAUUCUCACAGCCUACAUCCGAACGCCACAACCUUGUCUUCAUUCCAUAGGUCAACACCAAAAUUAAAUUUCAUCUUUAACUAUUGUAAUUACACCUAAGAUAAAUUAAUUUAAUCAAAAAAAUGUGUGUAUGUAUUCAAUCUUAAGUUUGGGUGCACCGUUGGCAGUUUUCUGGCCGAUCGCCAAUUACUGAUCUUUAAAAAGUCUUACCUGCUGAUUUUGAUUUUGGCCAAUACAUUUUUUUUUGUCUGAACUGUCACUGAAUGUAGCAAAAAAGUCGCUGAGUUGGCAACAUUGGGGUCUCUAUUGUUAACUGUAAACAUGCAGACAUGAACUGGUGGGCCAGUUUAUCAGUCAAAUCUCUCAUGGAAGAGCAACAAAGGACAGUGGCUAGUUUUUAAACCUUUGCUGAGGUAAAUAAGAUCUGUGGGUAAGACUGGCUUCACAUGCAAGUAAGUAUUGGCCGAUGACCAAAGUUGAGGAAAUUGGUGCCAAUACAUCGGCCAAUAAAUGUAUCCUAUAUUAUAUGUUACAUGACCACAUAUCAUGUAAACAUCACUGUCAGAGAUUUCAGCAGGUGUGUGAAUGAUCUAAUAAUUGGACUGUUGAUUGCAGCCAGGCCACAGUAUUAGCAGAACUAGAGGGCGCCAAAACCAAAUUCUGUUUAGUGUUCCAUGGAGUCUUGGGCCGGCCUUGGUCAUGUGUGUAAUUCAGUGUGCUUCUGAUGUUUUAUGUCUGAUUGAACUUCUAAGUGUCCAGCAGAUGUCACUGUGCUGCUGUGUUUAAAGCCCUGAAGCUUUGACUCCACUAUCAGACCAUCAGCUGGAGGUCUGAACCAGUCCACCAGUCAGGAUAUUGUUCAUUUGAAUAUCCUUUAGGAUAUUCAAAUGAAGAGUUUGAUGAUUUCAGAGUUUUAUUAGUGGCAGCUCCAAUUCAUUAACUUAUUGUUUGAACUCUUAAGAAGCUGUGUGGUUUGUUACGUUCAGUCAUAUUUUAUGUAUUCUCAUUCUGAAAUUUUUCUGCUUAACAGAACUUUAGUCCACUUUUCUGAAAGUGUUUCUACUUCAGUGCCAAAUUAAACUUCACCUAUUUUUCACAAGGUAAUAUGACAAAAAAUACUAUCUAGCAUCAUAAUCUAAAAUCCCAGCACUCAGGGAAACAUUGGGGAAACUCCAAAAAGAUAAGAACAACAAAUGACGGAGCACAAAAAAGAAGAAACUGAUGCACACCAUAAGGAGAUCAGAACAUCAACAGGUCUCAGAACUUAAGAAUGUUCUGAGACCUGAACCUUCAGGUUCACACACACACAUGCCUACACAUGUCUAUUCAUGCAGACAUUGCCUUUGAUAUGAACAUCAUCUGAAAAUAGCUGCUCUUUCAGACGGCAACAUGUUAGACAGGCUUCAAACUCCACACAGACUCUCUGCUCUGGAUCAUGGCUCAGAAUUUUCUAACAACAAAGCAAAUGGCUGAAACUCUAGUCACUGUUUUCAUUAUAAAUGUUAUGAAAUCAAGCUUAAAAUGAACAAAUAAAAGGAAUGAAUCUGUUUGUGUUAGAAAAUCUGAUAAAUUCUUGCUUCCAAGAAUUUGGAAGCAAGAAAUUCUUGGAAGCAAGAACAAGUUUUUCUAAGUUUAAACUUGUUUCUAAGUUUAAACUUAGAAACAAACAUUAAUGUGAAAUGGAGUUCUGCUAGCUGUUUGCAGAAAUCUUCAUUUAUCUGUCAUCCUAACAGCCGACAUGUUGAACAGUUCAGAAUAUGUGGAUACCCAGAUAGCACACGAUGUUAAAUCAACGCUGAAAAACAGAAUCGUUGAUUUUUCGUUGAAGUCAACAAAUGACGAUGGAUCAACCAUCAAACCACCAUCCAAUCAAACCGUUGAAACUGUCAUUGAAUCAAUGUUGUUUUGUGUUUGAA